AUGUGUUAUUUUCCAGUUCCAAGGAAUUUUAGGUUACUAGAAGAGCUCGAGAGAGGAGAAAAGGGAAUUGGGGAUGGAACUGUCAGCUAUGGAAUGGAUGUUGCUGAUGAUGUAUACAUGCAGUCAUGGACUGGGACAAUAAUUGGUCCUCCUAAUACUGUUCAUGAAGGGCGCAUCUAUCAGUUGAAGUUAUUCUGUGAUAAAGAUUAUCCAGAUAAGCCGCCAAGUGUAAGGUUCCAAACCCGGAUAAACAUGAGCUGCGUUAAUCAUGAAACUGGUGUGGUGGAACCAAGUCUUUUUUCCAUGCUCACUGAUUGGCAACGGGAGUAUACAAUGGAGGCUAUAUUAACUCAAUUAAAGAAAGAAAUGAUGUCUCCACAAAAUCGGAAACUAGCUCAGCCUGCAGGCAAUGAAGAGGGGAGGAUGGAUCAGAAGGGGUUCGUACUGAGGUGUUGUAUUCUGUAAUUUUUGAGGAGCGUUGAACAUGAUACUGUGUAUAGAUGUUAGCAUAUGACAACUCCAUUCCCUGCUUAGUUGUUCAAUGUAUAUGCUUGUAUUUGAGAAUGAGACCUUAUUAGCUAGAUCAUCCUCAAUCUUGGGAUGGAUUGCUGGUUUAUGUUUAUUGUUUACUUUCAAUGUUUUUGAAUAAAUUGGACCCAAUUUUCAAUUUUUCGGUUAUAUAUUGUAAGUUAUAAUUCUUUUAGUUAUUGUUUGGC